AUUACCGUCACGGAUUCUAACGACAGCCCUCCAGUCUUCGACAGUAAUCCUUACAAAGUUAGUCUGUCCGAAAAUGCCAUUGCUGGCCACACUGUAAUAACAGUGUCUGCAUCAGAUCCAGACACAGAAGGAAGCUUAACUUAUACCCUUGUGGAUGAAAAACAGGAUGACAAAUUCCGUUUGGAUCCGUUGACUGGAGCUCUUUACCUCAGCCAACCUUUGGAUAGAGAAACUCAGGAUAUCCAUAAGAUUAGAAUAAGAGCUGAUGAUGGAGCUCAAUUUUCAGAAACUAUUUUGACCAUUGAGGUAACCGACUCCAAUGACAACUCUCCAAUCUUCGACCAUGCUGUGUACUCUUUCGAUAUUCCUGAGGGCACACAAAGGGGAGCUCAAGCUGGUCUUGUGUCUGCUACAGAUGCUGAUGUUGGUGUCAAUAAACAGAUAAGCUACUUGGUUUUAAGCGAUUGGGGCAAUGAUGUCUUCUCUCUGAAUCCUCAAAGCGGAAUCUUCACAUUAACAUCUCACUUGGAUUAUGAGCAGAUGCAGCAUUACAUAUUCGUUGUUCAAGCUCAAGAUUCCGGCAAUCCCAGUUUAUCCAGCACGGUGACUGUUUAUUUUAAUGUUGUGGACUUGAAUGAUAAUGCUCCUUUAUUUGAUCCAAUGAGCUACAGUGACGAAGUUUUCGAAAAUAUAACAGUUGGGACCAGUAUCCUUCGUGUGAGUGCUACAGAUAUGGAUUCUGGUGACAAUGGUUGCAUAAUCUACAACAUAAUUGAUGGCAACACAGACAACAAAUUUGCCAUAGAUACCGAUGGGACAAUUUUCACUACAAAAAUGUUAGAUCGGGAAACACAGUCUUUUUAUAGUCUAACUGUAAGCGCAACUGAUAGAGCUAUUUCACCUGAAAAAAGACUUUCCAGCACAGUUCAAGUAAGCGUUAUUUUGAAAGAUGUGAAUGAUAUGGCCCCGGAAUUUGUCACACCUAACGAAACAUCUGUAACUGAAAAUGUUCCAAGUAACACCGUGAUAAUGGCCAUCAAAGCUAUUGACAAGGAUGAAGGAAGGAACAGCUACAUAGAAUACAGUCUUUCUUCAGACUCAAAUAGCAAAUUUUCUUUAGGGCCAAUUGAUGGACUGCUGAGAGCCACAGGAGCCUUAGACCGGGAGCAGAAAUCUGAGUACAAAGUAACUGUCGUGGCAAAAGAUCGUGGUCAUCCACCUCAGUCCACAGCUCAAGAGAUAACUAUUCAUAUAAUGGAUGAAAAUGAUAAUACCCCAGCUUUUUUACAUCAACAAUACAGUGCUUCAGUAUCCGAAAAUACUAGCGUAGGCCUCAGUGUACUGCAAGUUUUUGCAUCAGAUGUAGAUGAAGGUUUGAAUGGACAGUUAAGGUAUUCGAUAAUAGCAGGUGACCUUAACCACGAUUUUGUCAUGGAUCAAGAUACAGGAAUUAUAAGAGUAAGUAAGAACUUGGAUUAUGAAAGGAAGAGUCACUAUUCUUUGACGAUUCAGGCUGAAGAUAGUGGUGUGGAUAUUCGACAUGAUACUGCCUCCGUCACCAUUGCGGUAACAGAUAUCAACGACAAUCCUCCGACUUUCCACGAUUCGCCCUAUUUCGUCCAUGUUAUGGAGAAUGCUCAGUCGCUACCUGUAUCUUUAAUGCUUGUAAUGGCCUAUGACAGCGACCAAAUUCCCAACAACCAAUUACAGUACCUGAUCAAAGACGGGAAUAGAAGUGUUUUCUCCAUUAAUGGAAAUACUGGAGAACUCAGCGUCCAAAAAACUCUGGACAGAGAACAACAGUCGGAAUAUAUACUCACAGUCAUUUGUAUUGAUUCAGGCUCUCCUAGACAAACUGGUACUGGAACUAUAAAAGUAGUAGUAGAUGAUAUAAAUGAUAGUCAGCCACAAUUUGCUUUCGAAGAGUAUUCAACAAGCAUCAUGGAAAAUCUUCCACCUUUAUCUCCUGUCAUAACAAUCACUGCUUCAGACAAAGAUACUGGAAGGAAUGCACAGAUUCGAUACUCCCUGCUUGGCGAUCACGGUGGAAAAUUUGAAGUUGACAUAGACACAGGAACUAUAAGCACUAGUGAUAUUCUGGACAGAGAAGAACGCGAGAUAUACAAUGUGCUUCUCGUAGCUGAAGAUUCUGGUCUUAUAACUCAACACAGAGCUGUUACCAAUGUCACCAUUACAGUUGAAGAUGAAAAUGAUAAUAAGCCGGAAUUUGCUGAGUCCAGUUAUACUGUAUAUACUCCAGAUAAUGCAGUAGGAGGUCACUUUGUAUUUGGAGCUGUUGCUGUUGAUUUAGAUGCUGGUUUAAACAGCCGUUUAGUGUACCAUUUGUCCGGUACAGAUGCCGAUAAAUUUCAGAUAAAUCAAGAUACUGGUGUUGUUAAAUUAGUUCAGAAGCUAGUCAAUAAAUCCGAAGGUUAUCAAUUAGAAAUUCAUGCUACUGACAGUGGACAAAUACCAUUAUCUUCAACAACAAUGGUUAAUGUGUAUACUCAACGGUACCAAUUAUUCCCACGCUUUCAUCCGGGCAUAAGAAGUUUCAAAUUCGCAGAAUCAUCUGAGAAUUUACUAGUGACCCGUGUAUCUGCCACCUCACCGAAAGUAAAUGAGGCAGGAAAAUUGAUGUAUUACAUUGCUGGAGGUAAUUCUGGAAAUGCUUUCAGUGUUAAUCCUGAAAUGGGUGAGGUUAGACUAAUUGGAGGUCUAGAUCGUGAAACUAUAUCUGCUUACGAAUUAUGGCUGGAGGCCAGAGAUAGUGAUAUUCCGUCUCUGGCAAGCGCUGUAAAACUCGAAGUAUUAGUGACUGAUGUAAAUGACAACGCUCCUGUUUUUGAAAAGCCUAUUUAUAAUGCUACGGUCAAAGAAGAACUGGAGCCUCCUUUGUUUGUGAUACAUGUACAGGCGUUCGAUGCUGAUUAUGGUGUGAAUGGCAAUGUAGAAUAUCGAUUAGAUGCAGAUGACGAUGUUAAUCUCCCAUUUUCUUUAGAUGCGAAAACGGGUAAAAUUCAUACUACAGAGGUGCUUGACAGAGAAGCAAAGGACCAGUAUAGAAUUAUUAUAAAAGCUGUUGAUCAUGGUACACCUCAGAAAACAAGCUCUGCAACAGUAUAUAUUAAAGUUCUAGAUAAAAAUGACAAUCCUCCAAGGUUUACUCGACUGUUUAGUGCUAAUGUAACAGAAAAUGCACCUAUCGGGACCUUCAUAAUUCAAGUCACAUCUUCGGAUAAAGAUAUCAACAUGAAUGCCAAUGCUACUUACAGUUUCACAGAAAAUCCUGGCGGAAAAUUUCACAUCGACCCAGUUUCUGGCAACGUAACUGUUGCUGGAUGGCUUGACCGCGAAGUCAAGGAUGAAUAUUUAUUGAAAGUUGCGGCUGUAGAUGGCUCUUGGCAAGCUGAGACUCCUUUAACCGUUCUUAUACAAGAUGUUAAUGAUAAUGUUCCAGAAUUCAGCCUCUCUGAAUAUACAUUCAAUAUUCCGGAAUUAAUACAAGGUGUAUCUUUCAUCGGACAAGUCUCGGCAACAGAUCGUGACAAAAAAGGUCCGGAUUCUUUUGUCAGUUAUUCUCUAAAAAGGCCUUCAGACUUGUUUCGAAUUGAUCCCAGUAGUGGUAAUAUUCUUAGUAAACAAGUACUUUAUUACAAAAGGACGUUAAAAGGUUCAUCAUCUGAAAAUAGGCACGUUAUACAAGUUGUUGCUACGGACCAUGGUAAUCCACCCUUGAGCAGCGAAGUUACUGUGUUAAUCAAUGUAAUCGAUUCUAAUAACAAUGCGCCUGUGUUUCAAAAGGAGUUCUAUUUCUCACCCAUUCCAGAAAGUGCUGCAAUCGGUUUAUCAGUGCUUCGCGUCAUUGCAGAAGAUAGAGAAGAUGUUGGAAUUAAUGCCGAAAUUGAAUAUCAGAAGACUGGAGGAAAUGGAACAGAAUACUUUUCAGUUCAUAAAAAGACAGGAUGGGUCACAGUUUCAAGUCCUUUAAUUGGUCUGAAAUUGAAAUGGUUUGCAAUUAACAUCAAAGCUACUGACAAAGGAGUUCCACCAAGGUCUUCAGAAGUGGCAACUGUAUUUGCUGUAACAGAGGAAAAUCGUUUUGCUCCCGCUUUUACAGCUUUGAGUUAUCAAGUUGUAAUUCCUGAAAACGAGCCUUUAUUGUCAGAAAUUGUGACUGUUACUGCAACCGACGAGGAUAAAGGUUUCAAUGGCGAAAUAUUGUAUUCUAUAUUAUCUGGGAAUCAUGAUGGACAGUUUGAAAUUUCCCCUCACACUGGUGCCAUUACUAUCGCAAAGCAUUUAGAUUUUGAAAGUGUUACUACUUACCACCUGGAUAUCAUGGCCUCUGACAGAGGCUUUAGGAGCAAGAAUUCAACAGCUGUCUUGACAGUUCUUGUCACCGAUGUCAAUGAUAAUCCACCAAUAUUUAACUCCAGUAAAUUUGAUGCCUACAUUAUGGAAAAUCAACCUCCAGGUACAUACGUAACGCAGUUAAUAGCAUUUGAUGCUGAUUCCGUGCGGAAUAGUAUUAUAGAGUACUCUAUCAUGGAAGGAGAUGACCACAGUUUUUUCGAAAUCAGUUCUAAAACUGGAGUUAUUACUUCAAAGGUUGUUUUUGAUUAUGAGCAAAAAACAAAAUAUGUCAUUCAAGUAAUCACCAGCAACGUUGGAACACUCCUAUUCACGUCAGCGGUUGUUGAUAUUCACAUAGUUGGAAAGAAUGAAUAUUACCCUCAUUUUGUUCAACCCGUGUUUCAGUUUACUGUCAGUGAAUCAGCUAGAGUAGGCACAGUAGUAGGGCAGUUAGAAGUGAUUGAUGAAGACAGUGGUGUUGAUGGAGAAGUGUACUUCUUGUUAGUCGGCAGCAGUAAUAAUAAAGGAUUCCAAAUUGAUACAAGAACCGGUAGUAUCAAAGUUUCUAGGGCAUUAGAUAGAGAAUCUCAGUCACGUGUCGUUCUCACAGUUCUUGCAAAGAAUGCUGGAAGUAUACGUGGUAACGAUACAGAUGAAGCCCAGAUUGUGAUAAGUAUUCAAGAUGGAAAUGAUCCACCUGUGUUCUCAAAAGAAAUUUAUGAAGCUAGAGUGAGUGAAGCUGCCCCAUUGGGAACAUCUGUUGUAUCGGUAUCAGCAGUAGAUAAAGACGUACACCCCAGUAAUAACCAGUUUUCCUUUUCCAUACUUGGUGGUAAUGUUAACAAAGUAUUUAGUAUAGAUCCUCAAUCGGGAGCUAUCUAUACUUCUGGAAAUCUAGACAGAGAAACUAUUGCUGUGUACAAUCUAACAGUUACUGCAACUGAUAGCGGAAAUCCGCCUCAAUCAGGAUCAACCCAAGUAAAGAUUUAUAUCGAUGAUGUAAAUGAUAAUGGGCCUAUUUUUGAAACACCUAAAGUUAUUGGCUACGUAUUAGAAAAUGAACCACCUUAUACAAGUGUGAUGGUCCUUAGUGUGACUGAUCGAGAUUUACCACCAAAUGGGGCCCCAUUUAUGUUUUAUCUUGUUGGAGGUGAACAUAAAGAUUUCUUCGAAAUAGAAUCACAUACAGGACUGGUUAAAACUACUAGAAGCCUUGACAGAGAGUCAAUAUCUGAACUUGAAUUCAUAGUCGAAAUUCAAGAUAGUGGGAAACCUCCCAUGAGCUCCCAAAGUCCAGUUACAGUCAUGGUUCUUGAUAAAAAUGACAGCCCUUCAACUUCAAGACCACUCAUUAUCUUUGUGUGGGUGCAUAAUAAAAAUUUCCCUGGUGGUAAAAUUGCUGACGUUCAUCCACAGGAUCUAGAUAUUGUUGGUCAGUAUCAGUGCCAAAUAUUAGAAGGGAAUUCUGCCAUAUUUAGGAUACCCAGGAAAUGUGAUCUGCAUACAACAAAAAUCCAAAAUCCUGGUAGUUAUACACUCACUGUGAGUGGCAAUGACGGAAAGCACCACAAUGUGUCAUCAACAAUCAGAGUAAAAUUCUUGAAUUUUGACAACGAUACUCUUCAGAACAGUGUUUCUCUAAGGAUUUGGAAUCUCUCUGCUGAUGCGUUUUUAGCAAUGCACUUCGAGUCUUUCCGGCGAGCUCUUGAUGAAGUUUUUAAGCCAACAAGUCAGCCAGUAAUAUACAGUAUAGUCAAUAUUGAAGAGCACUUGGAAAUAACUCUAGCUUCAAAAAGGCCAGAAAACUUUUAUGUGCCAUCUCAAGAUAUUCUUACAUUGUUGAGUGAUAAACUGCCUCUCAUACGAGAAUCCAUUCAAGAUAAGGAAAUAGUUAUUGGUUUCAAUCCGUGUGAAAUAUCGCCAUGCCAAAAUAAAGGGUCUUGCAGCAGCUUUUUGGAAAUGAAAGAUAUCCUAUCCAUCGUUGAUUCUUCUACUCUAAUUUUUACCUCGCCAUAUGUUGCUCGCCAGUUUUCGUGCCAAUGUCCUCGAGGAUUUUCUGGUUCUGUAUGCCAGUAUCAACAAGAUCCUUGUUUGCCAAAUCCUUGCUUAUCUGGCGGCACUUGCCAUCAAGAUGGGAUUACUUUUCGCUGCACAUGCACCCCACAAUAUCAAGGAGAAAAAUGUGAUACUCCACGUAAGGAAUCUUGUUCUAGUGCCCCUUGUAGAAACGGCGGUACUUGUCAAGAAGCACCAAAUGGUGGCUUUUUCUGCCUGUGUCGUCCUGGUUUUAAAGGUCUGGUUUGUGAACAGACUGCGGAUGCUUGUCGACCCAAUCGAUGUCUGAAUGGAGGUACAUGCGUUAGCGAGAAUCUAGGUUACCACUGUGUUUGUACAUCAAGUUACUUCGGUAGACAUUGCGAGAAAUCAUCAUACGGAUUUCUACCGUAUUCCUACAUGGCAUUCAAUCCACUUCAGCCAACUACGAAUGAUAUUUCUGUUAUCUUCUCUACCAAUAAUCCCAAUGCUCUUCUGGUCUACAAUUUCGGAGCUCAAAGCGGAGGUCGAUCUGAUUUUUUAGCUCUAGAAAUAAUCAACUCGACGCCUACGUUAUCAUUUGGAGGCUCCAGGACGGCUAUUACCAGGAUAUCGGCCAAUAUUGUUGUCUCAGAUGGAAAGUGGCAUAAGGUUACGAUUAUCCGUAACGGAAAGGUUGCUUCAGUUUCUGUAGUGAAUUGUAAUGACAAUGGUGAUACAUGUGAAGAAUGUUUACUAGGGAAUUCGACAUGCUCAAAAUCUGCCACGGGUCAUACUGGAACUUUGAACUUCAACGGCAAUUUGCUGUUUGUUGGAGGAGUUGCCACAGUUGAUCCUCUUCUAGAGCGUCCUGGUCAGGUGUCAUCAAAUGACUUUGUUGGUUGCUUACGAGGAUUAUCUGUAAAUGGACGGCAAAUUGAUAUGAGCUCUCCUCUAAAAUCAGCUUUUGUAAGCUCAACAUGUAGUAGAAAGGAAGGUCCAUGUUCUGCAUCUACCUGCGGUGACGGUGCAACUUGUAUCGAUAAUUGGUUUUCUACAUCAUGUCUUUGCGAUUUUAAGAUGUUAGCGGCAUCGUGUACAGAAGCUAAGAAACCUUACAGCAUCGGAAAUGGAGCUUUUAUUGAGUUGAUACCACAAGAGAAACAUCGAAGAACAUUGUUGCUGGCUGACAGGAUGAAGGAUUCUGCACCGAAAACAUUGUCAUUCUUAUUUAGAUCAUUUUCUCAGAAUGGUGUCAUCAUGCAUUCUGGAACAGACGAUGAACGCACAUUAUUACAACUGAUCAAAGGCAAAUUGGUGUACACUUCAAAAAUCAAGUCAUUAGAAGAAGUGAUUGAAGAAUUAGAAUUGCCUCGUUUGAACGAUGGUCAUUGGCAUAAGUUAAGCCUUGCAUACCAUCCAGGAAAGUAUCCACAAGUGAAUAUAAGCAUAGAUAAUGCAUGGCAAGUUGUUAACUCCAAACAGAUACUCCAUGAUUUUCUGGAUCCUUAUUUAUCUUCCAUAGCCAUCGGAGGACAGUGGGAACACUUGAGUGGUGAUGGACAAUAUAAUGAUAUUUCUGGUUGUAUAAAGAUGGUUGCUGUCAAUAAUGAAAUUCAAUUGCAGAAUUCAACUGGUUACUUUCAGCUUUAUCUCCACGGUAAUUCACAUUCAUUGUGCCAAAGUGAAGCCAUUGGAAUUGAUAAUGCAACAACGGAUCCUCUUAGCAUUGGUGUUAUUCUUGUUAUUGUUUUCUUCAUUAUUUUGCUCAUCGUUAUCCUUAUCAGUUUCCUAGUCUUUAGGAGACGUAAGUUAAAGAGAGACAAAAGUUCUGGGCAGGUCAAACAAAAUGGGAAUGCUUUUCUUACAAGUGCUACUGGCGAUCCUCAUAGAGUACAUCAGUGUGGUGGUUAUACAGAAACUUCUGGUGGUGAUGAUGUGAUAAGAAAUCAUAUGCCACAAGAUCUUGUGCCUAAGAAGCUAAAAGAUCGUGAUCCUCACACUGAUUGUCCGCAAAGACCGGAUAUCAUAGAAAGAGAAAUUCAUAAUAAACCAUCUCCUGCACUACGAAUGGAGGAUCCACCUCCACAUAGUCAAGACAAAGCUCAGAAUAAUUUUGUUAUGCAAAACCCUGCUGAUUUAGAGCCACCAGAACAUUAUGACUUAGAAAAUGCUAGCAGCAUAGCUCCGUCAGAUAUUGAUAUUGUGUAUCAUUACAAAGGCUUCCGUGAUGGUAACAUUCACAAAUAUAAGCCCAAUCCUCAAGUUCCUAGUUAUCAUAAACAUAAUCAUAGGCAUAGUCCUCACCAAUUUCAAUCAAACCCAGUUCGAGAGAGUCCUCGAAAUAUACUGCAUCAGCCACACAAUCCUUUGACACAGAGAGAAAGUCCGUCAUCUAUCAAAAUGCAAAACACACCACUGGCGCGGCUAAGUCCAUCAAGUGAGCUUUCUCAGCAAACGCCGAGAAUAUUAACUUUGCAAGAUAUCAGCGGAAAACCAUUGCAGAAAGCCUUGCUUGCUACAGCACAAGGAGUAGGUUCCAAGCAAUUUCAGAAUCCUAUGACGAACUCAGAUCGUAGCUUAAACAGUCCUGUUAGUAACCUUAGUCAUAGUACAAGUAGUAUGCAGUCUGGCCCUCAGAACGUCAGCAAACUGAAAGCGAGGGAUAAUAGUAUAACUCUGGGCCUUACUACAGAAGAGAUAGAAAGGUUAAAUGCAAGACCAAGGAAUUUAAGCCUUGUUAGUACAUUAGAUGCUGUUUCGUCAUCAAGUGAUGAUAAUGCCGAAAAGCAUAAGUUGGCAGAACUUUUAGAAUCAAACACUGAACUUUUAGAAGCUCAAGAUUCAUCUACAGAUGAAAGUGGUAAUGACUCUUUUACUUGUUCCGAAUUCGAGUACGAUAAUUAUGAUAAAGUACACCGAGAGUUUGGUCCUCGUAAUAUGAUCUUCUCAAAACUUGCUGAAGAAGAUAACGAGAAUGAUGAAGAUUAUGCCAAAAACUAUGACGGAUUUGAUUCUUUUAGGGGAUCUUUUAGCACAUUAGUGGCUUCAGACGAUGAAUCAUCGAAUCCACCACCAUACAAGCCGACUAAUGGUUCUAUGUUAGGUUGGGACUGUUUAUUAAAUUGGGGACCAAAUUUCGAAAAUUUAGUAGGCGUUUUCAAAGACAUUGAACAACUUCCAGAUAAUGUAAAUUCAUCUGGUCCAGGACAUUCACAGACUGAUGAAGAUUAUGUGUAAAUACGGAUUUCAUUCAGUAGUCAUUUUGUACAGAACAUUUGAUUUCUUACAUCUAGUGUGUUUUUUCUAAUGACUUCUUAUUCAUCAUUUACUAUUGACCAAGAAAAAUGGCUUUUAUUAAAGUUAAAAUAAGUUUAUUAAUGAAUUGUUGAAGCUUCAAAAGAAACAUGAAUAUUUUGAUAACAUUUACAGAUUGAAUAUUUAUACCACGAUUUACUGUAUUUCAGACUUAUGCAAUAAUUAUAUAGUUCUAAGUGCCUUCAUUAACAAAUUUUGAAUUAAUAAUUAUACAAAUAUACGAAUUUUUAAAAGUUAAUAUGCCUUAAUAGUAUUUUUUGUUCAUCUGUGUUGUUCACUUUUAAUAUCAACAUUUUCUAAAAUUAACAUCAUUUGAUUUUAAUUUUAAUUUUUAACAAUUACAUUUAAAAUAAGUUAUUUAUA